AUGCUGCCUCCUGGCCAGGCUGGGGUGGGGUCCCUGGCACUGACUGCUUGGGAUACGGCUGGGAGGCUGCAUGCUCUGCAGAAUGACUCCAGCUGUGGGGUCUGGGUCUCCUGGGCUGCAGAUGGCUCCAGGACAGUUGGUGCCUCCUAUGCUGGCUGUUCUGUCUUGGAAUGGGAUGGUGGUUACCUGAUGGUGGUUGGCAUUGAGGGGAUGGCUGCUGGUGGGCACAGAGCCCUGCGUGAGGAGAAAGUGCUCAGGUGUCCCAGGAGCCUGCCAGCCCUGGAUGCUCCAAGCCCCGGUGUCUGUGCUGCUAUCCAGAGCCAGGACAGGCUGCCCUGUGCCUCCCCACCCAUUGCCCAGGGAGACUGUGAAGAACAAGGCUGUUACUACAACCCCAGUGAUAGGCUGAAGCCUUGUUACUAUGGCAAUACAGUGACAGCGCAGUGCACUCCAGAUGGCCAGUUCUCCCUCGCGGUCUCUCGGGCUGUGACUCUGCCUCCCCUGAUCCUGGACUCGGUUCGUCUGGCCAGUGGGCGUGGUGCUGGCUGUGUCCCUGUGGGGCAGAACAAUGCCUUUGUCCUGUUCUGGUUCCCACUUUCUGCCUGUGGCACCACUUUCCAGAUGGCUGGAGCCCAGGGUGUGUAUGAGAAUGAACUGGUGGCAGACAGGGAUGUGAGAACCUGGAGUCUGGGCUCCAUCACCUGGGACAGCACUUUCAGGUUACAUGUCAGCUGCAGCUACUCCAUCAGUGGGAACUUCCUCCCCUUGAGUAUCCAGGUCUUCACCCUGCCCCCACCCCUUGCUGUGUCCCAGCCUGGCCCCCUGAUGCUGGAGCUACGCAUUGCUAUAGAGCAGAAUUAUGGCUCCUACUAUACAGACCGAGAUUAUCCUGUGGUGAAGGUUCUGCAGGACCCCAUCUACAUGGAGGUCCGGAUCCUUCAGAGAACUAACCCAGAUCUAGUUCUGGUCCUGCACCACUGCUGGGCCACUCCCAGUGCCAACCCCCAGCAGCAGCCACAGUGGCCUAUCCUGGUGGAUGGGUGCCCGUAUGCAGGAGACAACUACCGCACCCAGCUGGUGCCUGUGGGAGCCGCCUCGGGGUUGCAGUUCCCAUCUCACCACCAGUGCUUCAUCGUCAGCACCUUCACCUUCGUGGAGUCUACCUCCCAGCGGGCACUCACAGGGCCGGUGUACCUGCACUGCAGUGCCUCCGUAUGCUUGCCCUCCAGGCUGGAGUCCUGCACCAUCUCCUGCUCUGCUGGAGCCAGAGGUAGAAGGAGCUCUGAGCAUCAUCCAGAGACUGGCCUUUCCCCCGUCACCAGCAGGGGGCCUGUAUUUCUUCUCCAGGAUGGUGUAGAAAGGAAUGAUGCUGUGCAGAGCUUUCGUGAGUACCACAGACCUGACCACUCCUAG